AGAGUCCAUUGACGCAUGACGACGCAGCAGCCGGGGAGACACAAGGCGGCGGCGGUGGUGGUGGUGUGCCUGCAAGCGCAGCACGUCGCCGGCCUGCCCGCCGCCGCGGAGGGCCGCCAGGUCCUGCUGCGCCUGUUCCAACAACCUGCUACUCGUGCAGUAGCAGCAGCAGCAGCUGUGUGCGGGGAGGGGGGCGUGGCCGCCUUCCACGACCAGGUGCUCCUCCUGGAUUGCGCACCACCCGUCAGCAGCAUCGUCGGCGUCGCGGUCACGGUCGACGACGACGGCCGUCGUCAACACGGAAGCGCAGCUGCGGUCGACGUCAACCUGGCGGAGCAUCUGCGGCGGCCCUCCCCCCGGGUCCUCAGCUUCGUGAUCGGCGGCGGCGCCGUGCUCUCUCUGACUCUGCACCACAGGCUGGUCGCUCAGCGCCGCCGCCGCCACUCUGUCUCUGGCUGCAACUGCAUGGCGGCGGACCUGCUGCUGAGCUGCCUGCGGGUGCCCCUGCCCACCGGCGGACCACCACCACCUGCAGCAGGAGGAGGAGUAGGUGUAGGUCAUCAUCACGACGAUGAGUCAUCAUCAUCAUCCGGCUUCAUCACCAUCGAGAAGGGCACCAUCUCCAUCUCCAGGCAGCGCCCGCCGUCCGACAACAUGCUGACCACCGACGACGAGGGCGAGGAGGAGGACAUCCGCAAGGUGGAGGACGAGUUCCUGGCCAUGCUGAACGCCGACGACUUGUUGGACCUGGACGCGCUCAUCAAGGACGCCGAGGCCGAGCUCGCCGCAAGCUAAUGCAAUCAUUAAUUAAGGAUCAUCAGUCAUCAGGAGAAGCACAUGGUGGACGAUCCACGUUUCAGGCAGGCCAUGUUUUGUGUUAGUUCCAGCAAUUUAACUAAUCUACUAUGCCUGCCUCGUAUCCAACCCAUCCCAUGCCAUCGCAUCGUUCCCAGCCAUAAAUUCAUAGACUGACUGGAUAGUAGGAGCAAUAUUCAUCGUCCUCAAAACCCGGAUCCUGCAACCCACAUAUGCAAAGCCCAUUGCUGCUCCAGUACCAUAUGUAGCAAGUAGGCCGGGCCGGCCUAGAUUGUGCGUGCUAUUCUGCAUCCAUGUCCACGUGCUUUGCGGCCCAUAAAGCAUUUCUUUCUUCUUGUUGUGUAAUCCGACCACCUUAUCCAUUUGCCACUCUGAUUCUUAGUAUCCGCUCUGCUCCAAGGCAAACAGCGGCAGCCAUGAUGGCCUCCUCGUCCUCCCCUGCUGCUUGUUGCUCGCCGACGACCCACCGGCCCUCUUCCUCCACCUGCUGUCGCGGCCUCGGCCCCCCCGCUGCUAUUCGUGUCCUCGGCCAUGGUCAUCAUGCAGAGAAGCGGCGGCGAGGGCAUCCGCCGCCUUGUGCUCUCCCAGACCCCCAAGCUGCUGCGGCGCUACUUGCCGUCGCCGGGACAGUCGGGGUCGCGGCCACAAUCCUGCUUCGCUCUUCUCCCCGGCGAGAGCAGCAGCAGCAGCAGCAGGAGGAGGAGGAGGAGGAGGUGGUGGUUGCAGAGCAGUCGGAGUGCCCGGACUGCGGCGGGACGGGGCUGUGCGGACUCUGCAAAGGGGAGGGCUUCGUCUUCAAGCAGCUGCCCGAGGAGGCGGCCACCAAGGCACGCAAGGCCGCCAAGAACAUGGCCACAAGAUACACAGCAGGGCUGCCCACCAAGUGGACCUACUGCAACAGAUGCUCCUCCACCCGCUCCUGCACAACCUGCCGAGGCUCCGGCACAAUCAAACCAAUUACUAGUACUACUUAGUUGUAACUAACUCUGUUAUUUAUUUAUUUAUUUAUUUAUUUAUAAUAUGUCAAGUCUGCAUAUUUCAAACUCGAGAAAAAGAAAAGCUAAAAUAAUUAACCGACAGCAUAUAUUCCUGCGAACCGAUACCUUCGAACCUAAGCAAUGAACAAAUUAAAGCUCCUCUGCCUAGCACUAGCAGGAUGAUGCAUGUAUGCGUGCUUUGACACUAUAUACUAUAUCAUAGCAGCUUUGUUACAAAGAUAAAGCACCUAUUCUUUUUUUUGGAACAUAAACAACCUGUUCGCUUCAGCUUAUUAGCCACCAAACAGUGUUUUUCUCUCACAACAAAUCAGCCGUUUCAGCUUUUCAGCCAAGUCUAGCCGAACAGGCAUACAGUGAUCAACGUACGUACGUAUUGGUUUAGAUAACAAUAAUUAAUUAAUGGAAAUACGUACCAAUGGGUAAUGUAUGAUACCAAAACACCAUUAUAUUAAUUUCCUACGGGGCAAGAUUGAGAGGCCAGGUACAUCUCCUGUUGACAGGGAGCACAUGCAUUGCAUGUCUCAAUUUUCCCAACCCGACAUGGCAUCUAAUUCUGCAAGUAUAUUUAUAUAUUUGGUGCUUUGCACACAUAACAAAGUUUGAUUUGGUUUUCGAUGAUGCAUGUAUUGUGGGCAUGUUUGGAUGGACAAAGCUAAUUUUUAGUUUAUUUAUUGGUAAAAGUCCAUUCUAUUCUUAGCGGGUGUAGGAAAAAAAUUGGUAAAAUUCUAGUGAAAGGGUAUUUUUAUCUUUUUUUACCGUUCAUGUCUAAAAGGGCUGAUGACUUUAGGAAGGUAUUGAUACGCAUAUAUUCCCCCACUAGCUGUAUACUACCUUUGUAGCUAUGCGGUAGGUGGUUGAUAUUCGAUAGAUCUUUACUGUCGAGUGCAACUUUAGUUGUAUCACGUCCUUUAUUCACGUGGCUUUAUUAUAUUUGACAAAUGGAUGGAUGGAUUUAGUAUUUGAUGGAAAUAAAAAGGCAUUCUCAAAGCUACAAGUAUGUGAUCUUUGAAGCUAAAAUAUUUUAGCCAAUAAAAGAAUCUGAUUAUAUUUUCAACUACACACAACCUUUAAUUUUGUUCUCGCUCUAUAUAUUGGCUAGUGGUAUACAUACAUACAUGUAUUAUUUUAAAAUAUAUAUAUAAAGGCGUGUGAUCUAUAUUAUUUAAUUAAAAAAAUGCUACGGCUGCGCUAUAUAUGUGGUGUGCUAGCUCGCUCGUGCUCCGACGAUCCAAUCUAUCAUCCUCGGCUCCUUUUCUUGGAUCAAUCAUCAUCGUCAUAUCGUCCAUUAUCGCAGGAGGUAUUUUUUUUCUCUUACAAAAUACCAACUCUCCAAUUCAAAUACAUGUUGUUGUUUUCUUUUAAUCCAAUAUAUACAUUUUGUUUUAGAUACUCGUGUGUAGAAUUAGAUUAGAUAGAAAUGCCGCUUCCUCGUAAGCCCAAGCCCAAGCCCAGCGGAAAGAAAAAAGGUCAGAGCCCAAACCUCAACACCUCCCCUUCCGCCGCCGACGACUCGCCGGCCGCCUCACCCGCGCCCCCUCCAAUGCUCCAAUGCAAGGCCUGGCACGGAAGAAAGAAACCACCAAGGCGGCUACUCAUAGUCAUAGAUGGCGGCGCGGCAGCCGGCGCCUGUGGUGAGGCCGCCCUUCUGCAUCAUCUUGUUCAUUUCUCUGGGGGAUCGGAUCGGAUCAGAUCAGUCGUUACUAUGCUCUCGGCUUUUGACGCUAUCAUCAAGUGCAGCCUGUUCCCGUAUAUUUCUUGCUCCUGCUGAGCCGUACGCAUGACGAGCUCUCAGACAACGGAGGCUUCCUCAAAUCUUCACAAGGGAUUAUUGCUUGCUCUGCCCAACUGCCAACAUUCAGAUGCUUCUAAAGUAAAUCCUGGCUCCAGAGUUGGGGAGCUUAUACUACCCAAUGGGGAUAUUUAUCGUGGUACAUUAUUGGGCACCACGCCAGAUGGCUCAGGUAGUUAUAUCUGGUCUGAUGGUUGUGUUUAUGAGGGUGAGUGGAGGGGAGGCCUCAGGCAUGGGCAUGGAAAGAUGCUAUGGCCGACAGGGGCCACCUAUGAGGGUGACUACUCUGGUGGCUACAUCUACGGUGAAGGAACAUAUAUCGGGCUAAACAACUCGACUUACAAGGGAGGCUGGAAGUUGAAUCUUAAGCACGGCCUUGGUUUACAGACAUAUCCCAACGGAGACAGAUUUGAAGGUUCAUGGACGCAGGGACAAGUACAAGGCCAUGGCAUGUAUACCUGGGCAAAUGGGAACACUUAUGUCGGCAUCAUGAAAAAUGGAGUCAUGUCAGGCAAAGGAAUUUUCACAUGGAAGCAUGGAGAUUCAUUUGAAGGCAACUGGUUAGAUGGUGUGAUGCAUGGGCAUGGAGUCUAUACAUGGAAGGACUGUGGCUACUAUGUAGGAACCUGGACAAGGGGGGUGAAGGAUGGAAAAGGCACAUUCUAUCCGAGAUGUCGUGAAAUUCUGCUUCCCGAUGAGCUAAGCAUAGAUGCUUUAAGAAAGAGAGGUGUGCUGCCUGGUGUUGAAAGUCAGAUUCAUGGUUCACGUACCCUUCACUCCUCCUCGUUUGACAUGGCAGAUGUGAUGGCUAGAGGAAAUCAGGACUCUGCAGGUGUUUCAUCGAUUAGAAGCUUGGCUUUUGAGGAAACUCGCUCAAAAAAUGUAUCUCUGGAAAGACGGUGGAGUCUUGGAGUGGCUAUUGAAAAAUUCAUUGGUCGUGAAACAAAUGAAAGUUCUGCAGCCCAAAGCUGUGAAAACAAGACUGAUUCCAACCUCCCUAUACUGGAGAGGGAAUAUAUGCAAGGUGUUCUUAUCAGUGAGGUUUUGGUGGAUACAAGCUUCUCGCAUUCAUUCAAAAGAUCAUCACAUUGCCAGAAGAAAAUAGUGAAGGAUAUCAAGAAGCCUGGGCAGACAAUAAUUAAAGGACAUAGGAGCUAUGAUCUAAUGCUCAGUCUUCAGCUUGGAAUCAGGUAUACAGUUGGAAAGAUUACGCCAAUUCUGAGGCGUGAAGUGCGGGCUUCUGAUUACGGUCCCAGAGCAAGUUUCUGGAUGAGCUUCCCUAAAAAUGGAUCACGGCUUACUCCUUCACAUCAUGCUGAUGAUUUUAAAUGGAAAGACUACUGCCCAAUGGUUUUCAGAAACUUGAGGGAGAUGUUCAAGAUCGAUGCAGCAGAUUACAUGGUUUCCAUUUGUGGAAGUGAUGCACUUAGGGAGUUAUCGUCUCCUGGAAAGAGUGGAAGUGUCUUCUUCCUAUCACAGGAUGAUCGAUUUAUGAUCAAGACUCUACGGAAGUCUGAAGUGCAGGUUCUUCUGCGAAUGCUUCCAGAGUAUUAUUACCAUGUGCGGACCUAUGAGAACACACUCAUAACUAAGUUUUUUGGUCUCCACAGGGUUAAACCAUCCAGCGGUCAAAAGUUCCAUUUUGUAGUGAUGGGAAACAUGUUUUGCACGGAACUUAGAAUUCACCGGAGGUUUGACUUGAAAGGUUCAUCCUUAGGCCGUUCAACGGACAAAAUUACAAUUGAUGAGAACACAACCCUGAAAGACUUGGAUCUAAGCUAUUCAUUUUAUGUUGAGCCUUCUUGGCGGGACACACUGCUUAAGCAAAUUGAGACUGAUAGCAAAUUUCUAAGGAAUCAUGCAAUAAUGGAUUAUAGCUUGCUUCUUGGCGUCCAUUAUCGAGCUCCUCAAAAGCUGCGGACACAGGCAUCUUUUAAUCAUACAAUCGUACCAGAUAGGCUCGCUGUUCUUUCAGAAGAAGGCGCUCUGGAGGAGGACAUUAUGAACUGUUCUGAAGGACUGGUUUUGGUCCAGCGAGCUAGUGAUCAAAAUGAUGUUGUUAUUGGUCCUCAUAUAAGGGGAGCCCGUCUUCGAUCAAGUGCAAGUUUUGAAGAAGUAGAUCUCUUGCUUCCAGGCACCACAAGGCUCCAGAUCCAGCUAGGGGUUAACAUGCCUGCAAGGGCAGAACAGACCACUAAAGAAGAUGACAGGGAGUCGUUUGGUCAGGUGUAUGAUGUGGUGCUCUACCUGGGAAUAAUUGAUAUCUUGCAGGAGUACAACUUAAGGAAGAAGAUUGAGCAUACUUAUAAGUCCAUCAAAUAUAACUCAUUAUCAAUAUCAGUAGUAGAACCUAAUUUCUACUCGGAGCGCUUCCUGAAAUUCAUUCGUACGAUCUUUCCUGAAAGGUCAUAAGAACCAGUAAUUCCUCAUCUUGUGCAACAAGCGUUAUUCAGCUCUUAUUUUUUUUCCUGCCACAUCCCUUGUUGCUUCCUUCAAGCAUUCACCCUGGGUUUUGUUCCCCGUGUACACAUUAGGCUGUCUGAUCAAGGCAAGUUUUGAAGCAGCCAGAUUUCUCUUGCUGCACUCGCGGACCUCAGCGAUUCCUUGCAUUAUUAGUGCAAAAACUGUGCCUUAAAUUCCGCUUUCCAAGGCCAUCCUAAUACUAUGUGUGAGUGUAAUAUGGUGGAAAUGUUUUGCACAAAACUGUAUAGAGCAUAGGAAUGACGUGAAGGGUUUAAGGAACCCCCAUAAAGUAACAAUAUUCUCUCUGGAAAAUUUAGCUCGAAGAUUUCGAAAUGUUAUUUUAAGCUUGUUGUCGCCAAAAACACAAAUAAUGUCACAGUUGAUUCCUGUAAAAAUGAUAAACUAUGACAGGCUCCUUAUGAUGUUGAUC